UGUCAAUGGAUCAUUCUAUACCUACACGCACAAAGACACUCCUAUAAUUUUCAAGGAUUACUAUUUGGAUUGGCAGUGUUACACCUACAGGGAGAAAUUCUGGAAUGGACUGAUAUAUGAUUGUAUAGGCGGCAGAAAACACAAUUCAUUUGUACCGCAUGAGAUAGUUUAGUAGGGAGAGGAGCUUGGAGAUCUGUUAGAAAGAAAAAUAACAUGGUGAAGAUUACUAAAAGUACAAAAUUUUCGAGAAAGAGAACAAUAGAUGUCAUCAAAGAAAAAGGAAAAAGGGAGAACCUCACAACUUACAUGAGCGAAUUGUUGAGAAAUUAAAAAAUGCACUUGAUGAACAUAAUGUGCUGGUCAAAUCAUUUAGAAUUGCUGGGAUGAAAAUUCAAGAUGAAGGUGUUGAUUUUAAACUCAAAUUAAUAGGCAAGAGAGCAAAAGAUGGAAGAACUUAUAACUUGCCUUCGGUAUCAGAGGUUGCGGCAUUGGUGGUAGGAGAUUUUGAUUUGUCUUUGGGUGAAAGAGAUAUUUUGGUUGAGACUUGCGCCGGAGGUUUGCAACGGAUUAAUGAAUUGAAUCCGUCAUUUUUAGCUCUUCAGUACCCGCUUUUGUUUCCAUAUGGGGAGGAUGGGUUUAGAGAAGACAUACCUCUGUGUGGUAAAAACUCGGAUCAAUCACGAGGAAGACAAAAUAUGAGCAUAAGAGAGUUUAUUGCAUAUCGAUUGCAUGAAAGAGAAACAUAUUUUUCAGUUUUAUUACGUGCUAAGAGAUCAUUUCAGCAAUUUUUUGUUGAUGCUUAUACUUUAAUUGAGUCGAGCAGGUUGAAGUAUAUCCGUAAUCAUCAGAAGCAAUUAAGAUGUGAAAUGUACAAAGGGUUGGCUGAUGCUCUAUUGCGCGGUGACACGCAUCCUGCGACACAUGGAAAACGUAUAAUCCUUCCUUCUUCAUUUACAGGUGGAGCAAGAUACAUGAUUCAAAACUAUCAGGAUGCAAUGGCUAUCUCUAGAUGGAUUGGGUAUCCAAAUCUGUUUAUAACUUUUACAUGCAAUUCAAAGUGGCCUGAAAUAGCAAGAUACAUUGAAGAGCGCAAUCUGAAACCAGAAGAUCACCCAGACAUUAAAUGUCGAAUUUUUAAGAUGAAGUUGGAUGGUUUAAUAAAUGAUUUCUGCCGCAACAAAAUAUUUGGCGCGGUUAAAGCAGUCAUAUACACUAUUGAGUUCCAAAAGCGUGGAUUACUAAUGCCCAUACACUGUUGUUUCUUGAAAAAAGUGAGAACUUUGCAUCAUCAGAUCAUAUUGAUAGCAUUAUUUCCGCAGAAAUUCCUUGUGAGGAGAGUGAUCCUGAAUAUUUUAACGCAAUGAAAGAUCAUAUGAUGCACGGACCAUGUGGGAGUGCGAGAAAGAAUUCACCGUGCAUGAUAAAUGAUCAGUGUUCUACAUUGGAUGAGGAUGGAUAUCCAGUAUAUAGACGAAAAAAUGAUGGAAGGACAAUAUCCAAAAAUGGAGUAGAUUUGGAUAAUAGAUAUGUGGUGCCGCAUAAUAGAUAUUUAUUGCUCAAGUAUGCAGCACAUGUGAAUGUUGAGUGCAAUCAGUCCAGAUCUAUCAAAUAUUUGUUUAAAUAUGUAAACAAAGGUAAUGAUAGAAUAACUGUGACAUUCUACCAAAGUGCCGAUGGAGAUGAUACAAAUGCCAAUGUUGAUGAGGUAAAGAGGUAUUAUGACUGUAGAUAUAUUUCAUCAUGUGAAGUUGCUUGGAGAACUUUAGGAUUUGAAAUCCAAUAUAGAAGUAUUGGUGUGGAGAGGUUGAAUUUUCAUUUGCCUAAUGAGCAAGUUGUGUAUUUUAAUGAUUUGGAACCGAUAAACGAAGUUCUUGAGAAACCAACUGUGAAAGAAAGCAUAUUCCUUGCUUGGUUUAAGGAAAAUGAAAUGUACCCGGAAGCACGAGACUUGGCUUAUGCUGAAAUGCCAACCAAAUUUGUCUGGAAGAAAGCUACUCGAGAAUGGGUACCAAGAAAAAAGAAUUUUGUCAUUGGUAGACUAUAUUAUGUUCCACCACAUCAUGGUGAGCUUUUUUAUCUUAGGUGCCUUUUGAAUUUUGUUCGUGGUCCAACAUGCUUUGAAGAUAUUAUGAAGGUUGAUGGUGUCCAGUAUAAUACUUUUCAUGAUGUUUGCUAUGCCUUGGGCCUUUUAGAAGAUGAUAAAGAAUAUGUAGAUGCAAUUAAAGAAGCAAGUUUUUGGGCCAGAAGAGGUUUGGGAGAAGUGUUGGACUUUUUUGUCAGAAGACAUCCUUCAUAAACAACGUUUGAUGCUUAACCAUCCAGAUCUCACAAUAACGGAUGUGGAAGUGAAGAACCUUGCUUUGUUUGAAAUUCAAAAGAUGUUACGCAAGUGUGGGAGGAGUUUAGAAGAAUUUGAAACCAUGCCAGUUCCGGACAAUAGAUUCUUAUCAAAUAAUGGUAAUCGGUUGGUUUAUGAUGAGUUAAGAUAUGAUCGAGUCAAGUGGGUUGAGGAGCAUAAAAAAUUGCUUGGUAAUCUAACUGUUGAACAAAGAGAUGUUUAUGAAACGGUAAUAAAUGCCAUUGAUUCAAAUAAUGGUGGAGUUUUCUUCGUAUAUCGAUAUGAUGGAACUGGAAAAACAUUUGUAUGGAACACUCUUUCAGCUGCUAUACGUUCCAAGGGAGAGAUUGUAUUGAACGUUGCAUCGAGUGGCAUUGUCUCACUUCUGUUGCCGGGUGGUAGAACUGCACGUUCUCGAUUCAAGAUUCCAAUUCAUCCCAAUGAAGACUCCACGUGCAAUUUAAAACAAGGGAGUGCACUUGCUGAACUUCUUAUUAAGUGUAAGCUUAUAAUUUGGGAUGAAGCUCCAAUGGUCCACAAAUAUUGCUUUGAGGCAUUAGAUCGGACUCUUCGUGAUAUCUUGCGAUUUAGCAAUCCAAAUAGUCAGCAAAUGCCUUUUGGUGGAAAGACAAUAGUGUUUGGUGGAGAUUUUAGACAAAUCCUUCCUGUCAUAACCAAAGGAACAAGGCAAGAUAUUGUGAAUGCGUCUAUAAAUGAUUCUUAUUUGUGGCAACAUACAAAUGUCAUGCGCCUAACAAAGAAUUUGUGUAGGUGAAAAGGUGUUAAUACCAAGGAUGUCUUUGACACCAUCACAUUUGAGAUUGCCUUUCAAGUUUCAAAGAAGACAAUUUCCUCUUAUUGUCUCAUAUGCAAUGACAAUAAACAAGAGUCAGGGACAAUCUUUAUCUAAUGCUGGAUUGGUUUUACGCAAACCUGUUUUAGUCAUGGACAAUUGUAUGUGGCUCUUUCCCGUGUUACUAAUCCCCAUGGUCUGAAGGUUCUUAUAUGUGACAAAGAAGGUCAAAGUACCAAUGUAACAACAAAUGUUGUUUUUAAAAGAAGUGUUUCAAAAUUUGUAAACAUUAAUAACUUUCAUUUGGUGAUUCACUAUCA